CACUAUUGGCUGCUGAAAGCGAGAAAGAAUCUAGUGGGAGGAGUUUCUCAGAGAUUGUUCUGUGGUUUUAUCACAGCAUGCACAGAUAGUUGCAGUUUGACAUGGGAUGCUGGGCUGGAUGGACUUGCAGCUUGGAUUUACAAAGAUGCUUCAAUGGGGAGGUCCUGUGGAGUGACAGACUGUGCAGCUGGGAGCCUCGUGAAUGCACAGGGUCUGCAGUUCUCUUCGUGACAUGGAGAAUAAAGAAACCCUUAGGGGGUUGCAGAAGAUGGAUGACCGCCCAGAAGAGCGCAUGAUCAGGGAGAAACUCAAGGCAACGUGUAUGCCAGCUUGGAAGCAUGAAUGGCUGGAAAGAAGAAGCAGGAGAGGCCCUGUGGUGGUGAAACCUAUCCCUGGAAAAGUAGAUGGAUCAGAAAUGAACAAACUCUCUCUAGAUCCUCAAGCUGAAGGACAAAACACUGCUUCUUCACCUACACAGAAAGGAAGACGUAGUCCUUCUCCUAGCAGUUCCUCUUCAUCAUCUGCUAGGACAGUUAAAUCUGAGUCACCAGGUGUUAGAAGAAAAAGGGUAUCUCCAGUCCCUUUUCAGAGCGGACGGAUAACACCACCUCGACGAGCCCCGUCUCCAGAUGGCUUCUCUCCAUACAGCCCUGAGGAGACAAAUCGCCGUGUCAACAAAGUGAUGAGAGCCAGGCUGUACUUGCUGCAGCAGAUAGGACCCAACUCUUUCUUAAUUGGAGGCGACAGCCCUGAUAAUAAAUACAGAGUAUUUAUUGGGCCUCAGACUUGUAGCUGUGGCCGUGGGACAUUUUGUAUUCAUCUGCUGUUUGUUAUGCUGAGGGUCUUUCAACUUGAACCCUCUGACCCAAUGCUCUGGAGAAAGACGCUGAAGAACUUCGAGGUUGAGAGUUUGUUCCAGAAAUAUCACAGUAGGCGUAGCUCAAGGAUCAAAGCUCCAUCUCGUAACACCAUCCAGAAGUUUGUCUCACGCAUGUCAAAUUCUCAUACAUUGUCAUCAUCUAGUACUUCUACAUCUAGUUCAGAAAACAGUAUGAAGGAUGAAGAAGAACAGAUGUGCCCCAUUUGUUUGUUAGGCAUGCUGGAUGAAGAGAGUCUAACUGUGUGUGAAGAUGGCUGCAGGAACAAAUUACACCACCACUGCAUGUCAAUAUGGGCAGAAGAAUGCAGAAGAAACAGAGAGCCACUCAUCUGUCCACUUUGUAGAUCUAAGUGGAGAUCUCAUGAUUUCUAUAGUCACGAAUUGCCGAGCCCCGUGGAUUCUUCUGUUCUCCGUGUGGUUCAGCAACAAUCUCAGCAGCAGUCUGCAGUUGGAUCACAGAGAAGAACUCAAGAUAGCAAUUUUAACCUUACUCAUUUUGGAGUCCAGCAGAUCCCUUCUACAUAUAAAGAUUCAGCUGAGCCAUGGAUUCAGGUAUUUGGGAUGGAGCUAGUUGGCUGCUUGUUUUCUCGAAACUGGAAUAUACGAGAGAUGGCACUUAGACGUCUUUCCCAUGAUGUUAGUGGUGCUCUAUUACUGGCUAACGGUGAAAGUACUGGAAACUCUGGAAGCAGCAAUGGAAACAACACAAGUGCUGGAGCUCUGGGAGCAGCUAGUGGGUCGUCUCAGACCACUAUCUCAGGAGAUGUGGUGGUGGAAUCCUGCUGCAGUGUGCUGUCCAUGGUCUGUGCUGACCCUGUCUACAAAGUGUAUGUUGCUGCUUUAAAAACUUUAAGAGCCAUGCUAGUGUACACUCCCUGUCAUACUUUGGCAGAGAGGACUAAACUACAGCGACUUCUCAAGCCAGUUGUAGAGACAAUAUUAGUUAAAUGUGCAGAUGCUAACAGUCGAACAAGUCAACUUUCAGUCUCAACACUAUUGGAGAUGUGUAAAGGUCAAGCAGGCGAGCUGGCAGUUGGGAGAGAAAUACUUAAAUCUGGAUCCAUUGGUAUUGGAGGUGUUGAUUACGUCUUAAAUUGUAUUCUUGGAAAUGAAAUUGAAUCUAGCAAUUGGCAAGCACUGCUGGGGCGACUUUGUCUAAUAGACAGACUGCUAUUGGAAUUUCCUGGUGAAUUUUAUCCCCACAUUGUCUGUGGAGAUGUCUUGCAGGCUGAUACCGUAGUUGACAGGUAUAAGAAACUUCUCUCCCUUUUAACUUUCGCCUUGCAGUCAAUUGACAAUUCCCACUCAAUGGUUGGCAAACUGUCACGGAGAGUAUUUUUGAGUGCAGCAAGAAUGGUAGCAAGAGCACCCCAUAUUUUUGUAAAGCUGUUAGAUAUGUUGAGUAUGACAAGCUCAACUCAUUAUGCAAGGAUGCGUCGACGUCUGAUGGCAAUAGCAGAUGAAAUGGAAAUUGCAGAAGCUAUUCAGCUAGGCAUGGAAGAAAUGCACUCUGGGGAACGCCGACAUGAAGACUUUUUACAGCUACCUGUGCCAGAUAACUCUCCAGAAACUACAGAAAAUAAUACUCCUAAUAAUACUGUUCAGUUAUCAGGGAAGAGUGGGAAAAGUUUAAGUGACAGAAAACUGAGUACCAGUCCAGACGACAUUUCUGAGAUGCUAUCUGGCCUUGCUAUGGGACUUCCUGUUUCAUCAGUAACCACUGAGCAACCAAAACCAGCCAUUCAAACUAAAGGAAAACCCCACAGUCAGUGUGUGAACUCUUCUCCCUCAUCCAGUCAUUCCCAGUCACUAUUCCCAACACUUCUGUCUCCAUCAAACCCAUCUGUACCAGCUGGCACUGUAACAGAUGUCUCUAAACUCAGACCUCAGGGAUUUGUUCCCUGCAAAAUCCCCUCACCUUCUCCUCAAACACAACGGAAACUUUCUCUCCAGUUUCAGCGAAACUGUUCUGAAAAUAAAGAAUCUGAGAAACUUUCUCCAGUUUUUACUCAAGCCAGGCCAUUGCCAUCCAGUCAUGUACAUAGGCCAAAGCCAUCACGACCCACCCCAGGUGAUGUGAACAAGCAAGGAGAAACCUUAAAAAGCAGUAUGACACUUGACCUGAAUGAUAUUUCACAGUGUGAUGGCAAUAGCAGUGCAGUUAUCCCAAGUGAAGAGACAGUGUUCACGCCAGUAGAUGAAAAGUGCCGGUUGGAUGCUAAUGCAGAGCUCAAUUCCAGUAUUGAGGACCUGCUUGAGGCUUCCAUGCCAAUGAGUGAUGGCACAGUUACAUUCAAGUCUGAAGUUGCAGUUCUUUCUCCUGAGCGGGCAGAAAAUGAUGAUACUUACAAAGAUGAUGUAAAUCAUAAUCAAAAAUGCAAGGAAAAGAUGGAAGCUGAAGAGGAAGAAGCUUUAGCUAUUGCUAUGGCAAUGUCAGCAUCCCAAGAUGCCUUGCCAGUAAUUCCCCAACUACAGGUCGAAAAUGGUGAAGAUAUCAUAAUCAUUCAGCAGGAUACACCAGAAACCCUGCCUGGACAUACCAAAGCAAAACACCAUUACAGAGAAGAUGUAGAAUGGCUUAAAGGUCAGCAAAUUGGUCUUGGAGCUUUCUCUUCCUGUUACCAAGCUCAAGAUGUGGGAACAGGGACAUUAAUGGCUGUAAAACAGGUGACAUAUGUCAGGAACACAUCAUCUGAGCAAGAAGAGGUGGUUGAAGCACUGAGGGAAGAAAUAAGGAUGAUGAGUCAUCUGAACCAUCCUAACAUUAUUCGAAUGUUGGGUGCUACAUGCGAGAAGAGUAACUAUAACCUCUUUAUUGAAUGGAUGGCAGGGGGUUCAGUUGCUCAUUUGUUAAGUAAAUAUGGAGCCUUCAAAGAAUCGGUUAUUAUUAAUUACACAGAACAACUGUUACGUGGCCUUUCUUACCUCCAUGAGAAUCAGAUAAUCCAUAGAGAUGUUAAAGGUGCCAAUUUGCUAAUUGACAGCACAGGUCAUAGAUUAAGAAUUGCUGAUUUUGGAGCUGCAGCCAGGUUGGCAUCAAAAGGAACUGGUGCUGGGGAGUUUCAGGGACAGUUGUUGGGAACUAUUGCGUUUAUGGCACCAGAGGUCCUGAGAGGUCAGCAAUAUGGAAGGAGCUGUGAUGUGUGGAGCGUUGGCUGUGUUGUCAUAGAAAUGGCUUGUGCUAAACCUCCUUGGAACGCAGAGAAACACUCCAAUCAUCUUGCUCUGAUAUUUAAGAUUGCUAGUGCAACUACUGCUCCAUCAAUCCCUACGCAUCUGUCUCCAGGCUUGAAAGACGUGACUCUUCGGUGUUUAGAACUUCAACCUCAGGACAGACCCCCUUCAAGGGAGCUGCUGAAACACCCAGUCUUCCGUACUACAUGGUAGCUACUUGUGUGUAAGGCUGAAAUACUGAAGAAAAUGCUACUGAAUAUACAAUAACUGUCUUGUAGUGCAGUAAAAUGCAGCACAUUAUAUUAUUCUGCUGGCCUUAAUGAUAGAUACAUCAAGAGCAUAAGGCCAGUGGAGGACCCUACCUUAGUAUGUGAUUGACAAAUCAAGAUCUUUACCUAAACUCAGUAUGCAAUAUUUGACAACUCAUGCAGAGAUUUGUAAACUGUGCCUUUUGAAACAUCUGGCUCUAUGUUAACAUAAAGACAUUUUUCCUUAAAUCUGCAUGAUUACUUAGCAGGUAAGUGAUUUUUAUUUUAUUUAGAGCACUUUUUCAGCAGUAUUAGAAGCUGAGAGGCUCAAGAUCUAUUUUAAUAUAGCAAUCACUGUUCAAUUUCACAUGUAUAUGCUCUGCAAUUAGUAAGUUUUCAGUACUGGUUAAAAGGACAUUCUGUAUCUGUCCCUUUUAAUUACAUGAUGUUCUCUGAGUAACAAAUCCAAAUAUUGAUGAAAACUUUAAAAAAAGCAUUUGCCUUCCUAUUAAAGUAAGAGCAGGCACUCAUGGUUCACUGUGCAUUUACUGCUGGCCAUGUAAUUUCUUUUGAAAUCAAAGUUUGUUUUCUUUGUAUUUUUAACUUUCAUGAAAAGGGGAUAUUUUAAAAUAGUCUUUAGAAAAAAAGAUGCAAGCUGUGUCAUGGAAUAUUUUCCUGAUACAAGAGUUUUAAAACCAGAUUUGCUGGAAAUCUGGGAUAAAAUGCCACCUUCAACAAGGAUAUGUUGAAGGCUCUGAUAGUAUAGAUUAUUUAAUAAACAAGAUUGUUCUGUAUAAAGCAACUUAGUCUGAACCAUGCUAGAAGUUGUUGAGCCUUUUUUUU